UGAGAGAGGGCCUCUCUUAGUAUUCUGCCGCCAUUUUCUUCAUCAGUUCUGCGUUUUACAUUCCAGAGAUUGUAUCAAGGCAAAAUGUCGUCCGCAAGUGGUGAUGAAAGUGAGAUCACUUUAAAUGAACCCGUACGACGUACAAGAUCUAGCCGUGCACGUAAAACUACUGCGGUAGCGAAAAAAUCUCCUGUAAAGAAACUUCUAGCAAGAGCUACACGUUCUCCGAAAAAAGUGCAAGAGAUCGAAGAAGUGGAGGAGGAGGUGCCUGUAUUACAAGAAGAAGUUGUAAUGGAAAGCAUUCCAGAGAAUGGAGUGCAAAGAUUUGGUGACAUUAUCAUUGAACAGCAUAAUGAAGAAGAUUCUUCUAUGUUACAUUUGGAAUUGGAAGAUUCUAGUGAUACUACUAUUCACGAAAUUAAUAUGAAUCAGAGUGUACAAAUAGAAGUUCAAGAAAAUGUACCUGAUUUAGAAACAUCUGCAUCUCAAAUUGAUCAUUCUAAUACAGUAUCGGAUUGUAUGAUCAUAGAAGAAAGUAGUAUGGAUAAAGUUGAUAUGUUGAAUGAACGUGAACAAAUGGAUAUGGAAGGACAAGAUAUUAGUAAUGAUGAAACAAAUCAACGUGUAUUAAUAAAUUUCCAAGAAGUUAUGAAUGAUGAUGGGGAAACAAUAACACAAGUAACAGAAAUCUUAGAAACAGAGGAAAUUGAAUCUGAAACUGUUAUAAAUGAAGGUAUUGGAAUUGAAGUUAUGGAGGUAGAUAGUCAACAAGAAACAUCAGAAAGUAUAGAAAAUAUUAGAGAAAAAACUGUGCCUGAUUAUGAUAUGACAGGAAUGGUGGAAAUGACAGAAACAACAGAGGGUGACAUGGAAUGUCUACCUGAAAAUACUAUUAAAAAAACAGAACCCGAUACAGAAGCUGUAUCUGAAGACGAAUUGCCCACUGAAGCUGCAGCAAAGGAACCUGAAACAGAAGCAGUAUCUGAUGAAGAAUUGCCAGCAGCAGCUCCUGCAGAUUUAGGAGAAACUGAAUCAGUUUCUGAAGAUGAAUUGCCAUUAGACAGUGAAAAGAAGAAAAAAAGUGGAACAAAGAUAAUGAGUAAAACCCUGGAAAAGAAGAAUAAAAUAGAAGGAACAAAUAAACGCAAGUUAAAUGCAGAAGGAGAAUAUGAUCCUAGUUCACCAACGUCUGAAAAUAAUGACGAAACACCAGCAAAAAAGGUUGCGCUUUCAACGGAAGCAGAUCCAGGGGACAAUAAACAAGAAACUAAACCAGCGUCACCAAAGAAAAAGACCUUACCGGAAUUAGAAAAAUACUGGAAAGCCGUUAAUGAAGAUCCAUCAGAUUUCACGGGAUGGACAUAUCUUCUUCAGUACGUCGAUCAAGAGAAUGAUGCUGAAGCUGCACGUGAGGCUUAUACGAAAUUUUUGGAGCGUUAUCCAUAUUGCUACGGUUACUGGAGAAAGUUUGCAGAUUACGAGAAGAAGAAAGGCAACCCCGAAAAUGUCCAAAGGGUAUUCGACCAAGGUUUGAAAGCCAUUUCGCUCAGUGUCGACCUUUGGCUUCAUUACAUCAAUCACUGCAAAACCGUCUAUGAAAAAGAUGAAGAAACACUACGAGAACAAUAUGAAAGAGCUAUUGAGGCGUGUGGUCUUGAAUUCAGAUCUGAUCGUCUUUGGGAAAGCUAUAUAAAGUGGGAAUUGGAGGGCAAACGUCUCAGCAGAGUAACAGCAUUAUAUGAUCGCCUAUUAUGUACUCCAACACUUAGUUAUAUUUCUCAUUUCGAAGCAUUUCAAGAGUUCGUCUCUUCAAACUUACCGAAUCGUAUUUUAAAUGUUGAUGAUUUUCUUGCAUUACGUGCUGAAGUGAAAGCGCUUUUGAAAUCGGAUGACAGUACUUCUACUUCAGCAGCAGAUGAUGCACCACCUGGAGAAGAACCGCCGCCACAUGAACUUCCACCAACUGAUGAGGAGACCCGUGCUAUUAGAGAAAAAAUCAUUAGUAGUAGACGUAAAAUGCACAAAGCUAAUAUUAAUGCUGUUGCUGCAAGAUGGUCAUAUGAGGAAGGUAUUAAGAGGCCAUAUUUCCACGUUAAACCUUUAGAACGAUGUCAAUUGAAAAAUUGGAAAGAAUAUUUAGACUUUGAAAUUGAACAAAAAGAUCAGAAUCGGAUAAUCAUCUUAUUUGAAAGAUGUUUAAUAGCGUGUGCUUUAUAUGAUGAAUUCUGGAUGAGAUUCGUUCGUUAUCUGGAAUCUUUGAAAGGUGAUAAUGUGGAAAAAAUUAGAGAUGUAUAUACGAGAGCUUGUAUGGUGCAUCACCCGAAGAAACCAAAUUUACAUCUACAAUGGGCAACAUUUGAAGAGGGUCAGGGCAAUUUUGAGAAGGCAGCAAAUAUAUUGGAAAAUAUUGAUAAUGUAAUACCAAACAUGUUACAAGUGGCAUAUCGAAGAAUAAAUUUGGAGCGUAGAAGAGGAGAUUUAGAUAAAGCUUGUACAUUGUAUGAAAAUUAUAUUAGCAAUAGUAAGAAUAGAACCAUUGCGAAUAAUAUUGUAGUAAAAUAUGCACGAUUUUUGUGUAAAGUAAAGAGUGAUGUGGAUAAAGCAAUCAAAGUAUUAUUGAAGGCAACAGAAAAAGAUAAAGAUAAUCCAAGGCUUUAUUUACAAUUGAUUGAUUUGGGAAUGCAAAGGACUCCUGUUGAUACUCAAGAAAUUGUAGGAUAUAUGGAUAUGUUUAUAGAACGAGAACACGCGGAUCUUGAACAAAGAGUACUUUUUGCACAACGUAAAGUAGAAUUUCUCGAAGAUUUUAGUCCGGAUAUUCGACAAGUGUUAAAAGCGCAUGAGCAAUUCCAAAAAUGUAUUAAGCAAGCAAAGGAACGGAAAAAGACGAAGAAUGACGACACAAAAACAGAUACUUCUCCUCCAAAGAAAGUUAAAACUGGAGAUCAAUCUAAUGUACCACCUCCGCCUUCUGUAAGUUCGCAGUCAUCAUACCAAUACAGCAGUGGUCCAAGUGGACCAUAUCAGUCACAACAACAAUUUCAAAGUGGUCAAUAUGGUGGUCAAGGCGGAUAUCAACAGGGUUAUCAACAGUAUCCACCUCCUUCUGAUCCCAACUAUGCCAAUUAUCAGAAUUGGCAAUAUGGACAAGGUGGACCACAGGCAUAUGGACCAUACAAUCAAUGGGGAUCUUACAAUUACUAUUAGAGGAUAAUACAAAAUUUGUCUUGUAUCAGCUUUCAUUGCGUUGUUGUAUCUACUGUACAUUUUAUAAUUAUUUUUUCAUCUAAGGAUGAGAUAAAAAAAGAAAAUUCUUUCAAGUUCCAGUGACACAUCAGUAACCUGACACGAAUAAUAGUAAUAAAUGUCAUCGUGCUGAUGCUUCUUUCAACAAUUCUUUGCAUGAAAUUCUUUCUUAAUAUAUUUUAAAUAAUAGCACAGAAAAUUGUACGCAAAAGUGCAAGAAAUACUAAAAAAUUUUCAACCGAUGUUGAAUAUAUUAUUACAAACAUAACAUGAUACAGGUAGUUGAUAAAGAUUGCCAUACAGUAUGAACACAAAGUACAUCAUGUGAAAUAUUUCCCAACUACACUGUCUGCAUUGAAUUUGUAUAAUGCAAUAUUAUGUGUUUAAUUUUAUUCCGUGACAUUAUGUUAUUUUUUCAACAGAAAAGCAGCAGUUCAUAAACGUUACCUAUACAUUGUAAUAAGUAUUUUUUUCGCGUACUUAGUUUAUAAUAUUAUAGAUUUUUUUUUCCUGAUGUGCGUUGAACGUAUCGCUUAAGAAAAUUAAGAUAUACAUGUAAAUGUAAAGAUAGAUAUUUGAAUAUUUUACAAAUGCUACGCAAGCGCACUUAAUGAGAUAUUCACGGAAUAAAUAUUGUUAACAUUUGUCAGUACAUUUUGAUAAAUAAUAAAUUAAAGAACAGACUAUGUUUCCACAACAUA